AUGCCCAAGGCAGACAUCAACAAGGCAGGCUGGGAGCAGAGUGACUUUCCAAUUUUAUGCGAGACAUGUCUCGGCGACAAUGCGUUUGUCAGGAUGUCUAAACAAGAGUAUGGCAGGGAAUGCGGAACUUGUGCUCGUCCAUUCACCGUAUUUCGCUGGAAAGCAGGCGCUGGUGGUCGCUUCAAGUCGACAGUAGUCUGCCAAACUUGUGCGAAAAUCAAAAACGUCUGCCAAACGUGUCUGCUUGAUCUUGAAUACGGUCUUCCGGUCCAAGUUCGAGACACUGCAUUGGGGCGAAAGAACGAGGCGCCGAGUAGUGAGGUCAACAGGGAGUAUUAUGCCCAAAAUAUGGACGGAAAGGUGUGGUCAUCACAGCUUGAAGCCAACCAAUCUUUGCUCGAUUCUUCAAGGGCAUCAUCGGCUGCCAAAGACAUGUUGAAAUCACUCGCUCGUACUGACCCUUACUACAAACGUAACCGGGCUCAUCUGUGUUCUUUCUUUGCGAAAGGCGAAUGCAAUCGUGGCAACGAAUGUCCCUACCGGCACGAGCUACCGAAGGAGAACGAGCUAUCCCAUCAAAAUAUCAAAGACAGAUUUUAUGGGCGCAACGAUCCCGUAGCAAAAAAGAUCCUCUCGGUACAUGCAACAAAACAGGGCCUGGAACCUCCAGAAGAUCAAUCAAUUACCUCUUUGUUCAUUUCGUCCCUGCCAGCGGAUGCCACCGAGGCAUCCGUACGAACUGCUCUUCUCAACUCGAUUCCCUUCAUCCCUCCGACGGCUGUAAAAUCGGUCGUUCAUGUCGAAAAGAGUCGAUGCGCAUUCAUCAACUUUAAAGAACGCAAGGAUACGGAGCGGGCGGCCGAGGCGUGGGCUGGCGGAGUCGAGGUAGAUGGUACCAAAGUUAACGUCAAGUGGGGGCGAUCUCGUGGAGCGGCCGCAGGAGCGACGCCCAGCGCAAGCACAUCGAGUGGCAGCGGAAUGGCGACCCGGAUGGUCACUGCUGCAGAUUAA